AUGUUUCGAUCUCAUGCCUGGAGAACAUCAAAAUCUAUGCCUGCAAGUCGACGGCACCUCUGGCUUUGCGAACUCGUUGUCGAGGCCAUCGUGCCAUCUAUUGCACGAAUUUCCUCAAAUCAACAUCUCUUUUUUUUUCAAGCCCGGCAUGCUGCGGUGAUCAAUGUCAGCUCCCUGGCACAAAUGCAAGCGUACGGCACUUCACUGUGGAGUGUUGCGAAGGUAAUAUUGCGUCGAGAUGUUGUAUCUCCUUCCGGCGAGCGAGGUCUUUAUGUCACCAUCCUGUACCUACUGAGGCCUCGUCGUGUGCUGAACUGGACUCAAAGAUUUUCACGGCGAACGAGCUUGGACGGUGCAUUAGGUAUGUCCGAGGAGGAAGGGUACAGAUAUCUACGCAUCGUGUUCGUGCAUCGUACCGAGCCUCGAGGUCGUGGUGGCUAUAUAGAUCGACGUCCCGCGAGCCAGCCGAAUUUUUUCGAAUCCAAUGCCUUGCGGCAAGCAAACUUUGGGUGGGAGGGCCUUGCUGUUGGCAUGGUGAUGAGCCGGACUUCAUCCGAUGCGCUCACGACGCGUCAUUCGAGGUCCCACUGCGUGGCUUUGAGUAUAUGA